CCCAGUGCAUGCUAAUCGAAGUCGAAGCCUCGAUACGAAGUUGGCUCGGGAUCUGAGCGCGGUUUGGUUCGAUGACCGCGUCCGUCACAUGACGAGGUGAACCGAAACGCGCGUCACCGCAAAGACCACGUCGACCUACACUCAGACUGCACUUCCGAAACGACUUAUACCUACAUCCCUCUACAAAAUGGUUUCCUCCACGAGCAUGGGUGAGCCCGUGCCCAUCGAGACGUCCCAUGAGGACAUGAUCCACGAUGCACAACUGGACUACUACGGCAAGCGGCUUGCGACGUGCUCGUCUGACCGGACAGUGAGAGUGUUCGACGUGGUGGACGGGGAGACGAACAAGGCGGCGGGGCAGGUGCUCAAGGGGCAUACAGGCCCCGUGUGGCAAGUCACCUGGGCGCACCCGAAGUUCGGGCACGUCCUCGCGUCGUGCUCGUACGACGGCAAGGUGAUCAUCUGGAAGGAGCAGCCCGCGGUGGGUCCCGCGCCCGCGGGCUGGGCGAAGAUCAAGGAGCACACGCUGCACAAAGCGUCCGUCAACUCCGUGUCGUGGGCGCCGCACGAGCUCGGCGCGAUCCUCGCCUGCGCGUCGUCGGACGGGACGAUCUCCGUGCUCACGUUCAAGAAUGACGGCCAGUGGGGCGCGGACGUCUUCGAGGGGCAUGCUAUCGGCUGCAACGCCGUCUCCUGGGCGCCCGCCGUGCAGCCCGGCUCGCUGAUCGCGCCGCAGCCGACCGCGACGAUCCCGGGGCAGGUGCCCGCGGCGCCGACGGGCGUGAAGCGCUUCGCGAGCGCGGGCUGCGACAACCUGGUGAAGAUCUGGGGCUUCCGCGACGACACGCAGUGGGUUGAGGAGGAGGUGCUCGAGGGACACACGGACUGGGUGCGCGACGUUGCGUGGGCGCCGAAUAUCGGGCUGCCGAGGAGCUAUAUCGCUACUGCGUCUCAGGAUAAGACGGUGCUGAUAUGGACAAAAGACACGCCGACGUCGCCCUGGGUGAAGACUGCGCUCGACCCGUCCUCCGCAUCCGUUUCGCCAACCUCGGGGGCGCCUGCACCCGCGGGGAAGUUCCCGGAUGUGGUGUGGCGGGUGUCCUGGAGCUUGGCAGGGAACAUCCUGGCGGUGAGCUGUGGCGACGGGAAGGUAACGUUGUGGAAGGAGAACUUGAAGGGCGUGUGGGAGUGUGUGAGCGAUAUGACGAGCUAGGUGUAACAUGCGCGGCCUGGACCUUUUCUGUGGUUCCCUUAUACAUUUUCUCUGCUUGGUCCUCGGAGAUGGAGGUCGGACACCCUGCGAGAAGUGCGCUCAACUUCGCAAUGAUCCGAGCCUAUGUCAAACCCUGCGUUGGGAUUGGAAGGGCGACCCUAUCUACUUUGGUCAUUUGUAUGCACGCUGUGUCCGUGCGCAGCGUUGAUGACUCGUAUAGUACUACGCUCGAGGCGGUGAGCGGGCUCAGCGCUCAGCCACAUCGCUCAGCCACUGAUGCGCAGUGCCGAGGCGGGCGGACGCCGCCGGACGGGCGGGAUGCGGCAGAUGCGGUCAUCGUUGGGACAGGCUCCGCCAGUUCCUGAGGCAGAUCCUCGUCUCAGGCCUUAUGUAAAUGACCCAUAUGCGGCCUAAGCAGCUGGCCUGCCACCG